UAUAGAAUUAUUGUCUGGACACAGUGCACUGAUUUAUACAACAACAAUAAUGAGACAAUAAUCAAUUUCUAAUCUUUAGUACUUCUAUAUAUGUACUUUAUCAGUGAGUUACACAGGUCAAUUCCCUUGUACCAAUAAUGGAGUCCAGACCAAAACCACUGCCCCUCCUUAUGCUCUUCUAUUGCUUAUUAUCAUCAGCAAUAAUAACUGUGCUAUCUUCCUUUCCCAAAGAAGCCCUGCCAACAAAAUCAGGUUACCUCACAGUUAACUCAACAACUGGCUCAGCCAUUUUUUACACUUUCUAUGAAGCCCAAAAACCCAGCACAAAACUCCCUCUUUCUGAAACCCCAAUUCUCAUUUGGCUCCAAGGUGGUCCUGGUUGCUCUUCUAUGCUUGGAAACUUCUAUGAACUUGGUCCUUACCGUGUAUCGUCUUCUUUCAGGCAAAACGUCGAACAUCUUUCGCUCGAACCUAAUCCUGGUUCUUGGAAUCGAAUAUUUGGGCUCCUUUUUCUUGAUAAUCCUAUUGGAACUGGAUUUAGUAUUGCUUCGACUCCUGAUGAGAUACCAAGAAACCAACAUGAUGUUGCUAAACACCUUUUUAAAGCUACAAGAGAGUUUGUUGCAUUAGAUCCUUUGUUUAAGACGCGUCCGAUUUACUUAACCGGUGAAAGUUAUGCUGGUAAAUAUGUGCCAGCAUUUGGGUACUAUACAGUGAAAAAGAAUGCGGGUUUGCCUAAAUCAAGACAGUUGAAUUUAGCUGGUGUCGCGAUUGGGAAUGGAUUGACUGACCCCGAUACUCAAGUGGGCACUCAUGCUUUGAGUGCUUAUUAUUCCGGAUUGAUCAAUGAGAAGCAAAAGACACAAUUGGAAUCGCUUCAAAAGGAAGCGAUUCGACUUACCAAAAAUGGCAAUUGGAGCGCGGCAACGAGUGCUAGAUCGAGGGUGUUAGGGAUGUUGACGAAUAUGACGGGGCUUGCCACUUUAUAUGAUUUUAGGAGGCUAAAGCCUUAUGAAGAUGAAUUGGUGGCUAAAUUUUUAAGCAAUGUAGAUAUCAAGAGGGCUCUAAAAGCAAAUGAUUCGAUAGCUUUUGAAGUAUGCAGUGAUUCAGUAGGCAAAGCAUUGCACGAGGACGUGAUGAAAAGCGUGAAGUACAUGGUGGAGUUCUUGGUUAAGAAUACUAAGGUGUUGUUAUACCAGGGACAGUGUGAUUUGAGAGAUGGAGUGGUGUCGACUGAGGCAUGGAUGAAGAAGAUGAAGUGGGACGAAAUUGAUAAGUUUUUGGAGGCGGAGCGGAAGGUUUGGAGAGUGAAUGACGGGCUUGCUGGAUAUGUGCAAAAGUGGGAGAGUUUGAGCCAUGUUGUGGUAAUGAACGCAGGGCAUCUUGUGCCUACUGAUCAAGCAGUGAAUUCUCAGGUGAUGAUUGAAGAUUGGGUAUUGGAAAAGGGAUUGUUUGCCACGGGUCAGAUUAAGCAAAAGCCAAGAAAUAUUGGUAAAUCACUCUGAGUUCUUUGUGGCAUCUGCUACUCAGUUGUAGUUGUACUAUGACUUCCUGGAAAUUUGAGUUUUAUGCUUGUUGUAUCAGCUCCUUCACGAAGUUGGAAAUGUUCUAACUAGAAAUAAAAAGCAAAACUUUCUGAUAAUCUAAUGCUUCGAGUUCAUUUGGCCAUCACUAAUGCCACUGUUGUAUCAGUUCCUUACACAAUGUUUGUAAUGUUGUAAGUAGAAAUAAAAGGAAAAACUUUCUGAUAAUUGCAAGCAGAACACUUGGAGUU